CGGGAACACUUCUACAGGAUCAGGAAAUAGUACAGGAAAUAGUACAGGAAACAGCACAGGAAACCUUUCUGAGGGAAACGCUACGGGAAACCUCUCUGAGGGAAAUGCUACAACAGGAAACCUUCCCGAGGCACUCCGCGCAGGAAACCUUUCUGAGGCACUCCGCGCAGGAAACCUUUCCGAGGCACUCGGCGCAGGAAACCUUUCUGAGGCACUCCGCGCAGCAGGAAACCUCUCCGAGGGGAUCGGAGGUGGAGACCUGACUACAGAUGAUCUGGACGAGAUAAGUGCGCGCAUGCUGGCGGCCGGUGGCGUUGAAGAAUCCCCAACUACAAUGAAAAGGGCCUCCGAGCUCGCAGAACCGCACAAGGUCGAGAAGGUCGUGGGUGCCUUGGCGAUCGGGCUGUCUACAAGUUUAACGGACGCGGAGCUCAUGGCGUCAGCAGACAUUAAGAGCGCACUGCAAGCCGCGGUCGCAACUGGCUCCGGAUUUUCCCUGGAAGACGUGACAAUAGACUCGAUAAGCGCGUCGACACCUUCUGCUGCGGCGGCAGCCUUUCUAGCGUCACCUGGUUUAUCGUUGCGACAGGUACAGCUUCCUGACGAUUCGGCAGCUUACGACCAAGUUCCGAGAUUGCGGUUUGAGAAUAGCAGGCUCAGGUUCCAAGAACAAGAAAGAGAUUCAAGAAGGAGAAAAGCUGCUGUGAUCAACAGCGGCCCCGUAAGCAGAGUAGCACCAGAUCAUAGAGAAGCCGAUGGCGAAGCGUUUUCUCGCCCGAGUAGGGCAGGUAGCAGAGGUACGACCAAGCCAGAUGCGUUAGCAAGAGGGACGCCGCCGCGCCUGGGCGAAGCGAUAUUGAUCGCGGGAACCGGCGAGAUUGUCGGAGACACCGUGGCAAAUAAGAAUGAUAAUCAGAAUCGCGCGCAGCGAGGACGAGGCGCAGCAACAGCGUUGGAUCCCAUGCAGUCUCGCAACUGGUUGCCGUCAUCCUCAUCUUCGGUUGCCGAAAGCGAUAGAGUCCAGAUGAGUAGCAAGAUGCCUAGGAGCUCGACCAAGAAGACAGCGAAGGCUCUGUCGGUGCAGUACACGAUUGCCGUCAACAACAUUGACGAUAGCCAGGCGUCAGCAGCGCUCGCGAAUAUGACCAACAACGUGGGUGCCUACUCCGCGAGCGUAGCCGGUGCCGUGCAGUCCAACUUGCAGGCCAAGGGCCUGAACGUGACAAGUACCGCCGUACCAGAGCCGCAGGUAGAAGAGGUAGUCGUCGUCCCGUCUGUCGAAGAGACGGCACUGCAGGUGGAAGACCUCUGCAUGACCGCAGGGUUCGAAGUGAGUCUCGUCCUGGACGAUGCAAACGACACCCUGGAAGACUGCAUUGGAUACGGAUCAGCGCUCGGAAACCCCGUGGGAUACGCUAUCUUGGAAAAGUACGACGCGCUAGCAGGGGAGCAAGCCGCGCUCGUGGGGACGAACUUCACCGAUUCGCUGACUGUAUUUUAAUUUUCUCAGGAUGUUUUGCAUUUUUGUUCUGCAGCUUCAAAAUCAGCAGGGAAUUGUACAGAUGAAACACAGCAUGUUGUUUGAAGGAACUCCUUGGAAGAUGUUGAAGAUGUGUCUUUACGCAAACGCAAAUCAGACCAACCUGACACUUGCGGUCGUGCCGCUCCCUGGUGAGGCAUCGCAGCAGAGCACCUCGAGUUCCCUCUUGGAAGAGGCCGCAGCGGCAUCCUCCAGCAGUUUCACGCAGCUCACAACGCGCGUGAUGCGACGCGAAUCUGCUGAUGGCACGACAACUGCUGGACCAGCGGCACUUUUGGUACUUAUAAAUGCAGCCUCUCUUUUCAAAAGAGACUUUUGGUCUUGCAGUUCGGUUGCUUGCUAGUAAAAUGGAACUCCCCGAGGAUAGUGAUCAACGUCAGCCUCUUGUCGCACCAACUGCAUAGGUAAACUACACAUUGAAGUGGUCCGAGGCGAACGCGCAAAGCAACCCUGGCUUGGCGACAAUUCUGAUGGCGUUCACGCAAGACCCGGCUUUUUCGGAGGCGCUGGGAGAGAAGAUCCUGACGGUGGUCGACGACGCCGACCUGCCGCUCGCUGCGGUGGACUUUCAGUUCCUUGGCGCGUCCACAGGAACGGAAGUGAAGGCCACGGAUUCGCGAGGCCCCGAGAUGCCAGAAGACGCCGACGAGAUAGAUUCUGACACCGAGGAGGAGGACGGGCAAGCAAAUAGGCCAGACCUGCAAAUCGGCUACGCGGUAUCAAUUUAUGUUCUUCACUUGCCAGAAACUGUAUCCAUCAUGCACUGCUGCACUAGGAGUUGGAGUUACCACAUUAUGCAUUUUUGCGUGCGCACUCGCUGUUGUGAUAUUAGUACGACUGUUGCAUUAACUUUUUGACGGUUACGGUCGUGAUACACCAACAAACAGGCGCGUUCGGAGAGUACCGAGCGGAAUCUGGUUGCCGCGGGGUUGUUUGUGGCUCUACUGCUUGUGCUCUGCUCUUGGACCCGGAGCUGCUCCAGCGACACCGAUCCGAAAGGGGAGUUGAUGUGAAAAAAAUGAGGUUGGUUGGUCAGUUGUAAUACAAAAUGUCAAAUUGAAUUUGAAGUACUUCGAAAAUCCCCACUUGUACAAUUAUGUCAGUUAGUACCCCACGCUACAUGUUAGAAGAAGAAGAAAGAUUCCAAAAGAACGAGUCUGACCCGUCUGACACCCUUGUAUGAUGGUCUACGACGAGUAGACGAGCCCCCGCCGAAAUGUACACUUGUCUGGAAAGAUGUUGAGAU